GAACUCCCACAGGCCACAGUGGUCGCUUUGUUUCGCGACUACCACCCAGAAAAGUUUUCCGGCCAAGGAGAUCCUCGUGUAGUAGAUGAAUGGGUUCAGGGUCUCGAGAUUAUUUUCGAGUUGAUCCGAGAAAAGUAUUAUCCCUCGUAUUUCCGAGCAGACAUGGAGCGCCAGUUCUUGGCACUCACUCAGGGUACUCGUACUGUUGACGAGUACGAACGAGAGUUCACCCGUCUCGGAGCUUUUGUACCAGAUCUUGUAGGUACGGAAGCAAAGAGAGCCUACCGUUUCACCGACGGACUUCGCCCAGCAGUCCGCCACAACAUCGUAGGCCACGGCGUCCAGACCUAUGCCCGCGCAGUUGCCAUUGCACAGGAAGUCGAUGCUAGUAUCCGACGUGAAGCCAUCCAGACACCAGCCCAGCCAGUUGCUCAGCCAUCAGCCCAGCCUAAACUAGCCCAACCAUCAACAAACCAGAACAAGAGGAAGCUUAGAGGGGGCUCAGACAACUGGAAGACCCGUCCCAGACAAUACCCAGAAUGCCCAACCUGCGGAAAACACCAUCGUGGAGAAUGUCUUGUGGGCCAGAAC